AUGGCUAGAAGGACGCAACGAACGAACCUACCAAAGGACGUAACUGAUCACCGCUUCUUGCAAUUCCCACGAACCUUGAAUGAUGAAAAUCGUGGCAAAUAUGUGAACAAUUUGAGUUUGUUGCUCAUUAAAGAAAUUAACGUUGCACCUUCAUUCGACUGGAGUUUGGCAUCCCAAACUGGACUUGAUGAGCUGAUCCGGAAUUUUUUGCAAUACAUCCACUUAGAUGCGAGUGGUGUGUCUUUGUUCGAGUGUAGCGCAAGUGAGCUUUCAACUAGAGUUGGGAUUUAUACUGCAAACGAGACUAGGAGUGUCCACUUCCUGACAUUCCUUGUUGAUUGUGUUACAACACGGUCGAAUGACUACAAUGAAAAUACUUUUUGGGCUGAGAUUACUGGGGGAGUUUACAUACCAUCUACUGCCCGGGGGAAGAUGAUUCGGUCUACCUGUAACACCCCGUUCUAA